AUGUCAGAUAUAGAUAUAGAAUACACAUUAGUUAAUCAAUUGGCUUAUAAAUUUAAUAAAUUAAUAAAUUCACAAUCUAAUAAUGAUGAUUUGAAUAAUACGAGUUUAAAAUUAAUCAAUUUAAUGAAUAAAUUUAAAAGUUUACAUCCAAUUUUUAAUGAAUUAAUUGAAUAUUUAACACAGAAAAAUUUAUUACCUGAUUAUGUAAAUCAAAGUUGGAAGGAUGAAAUUGAAACAAAUUUAACUAAUGAAUUAUCUAUAAUUAAUACAGAGUUACAAAAAUUAUUAGAUGAACCACAUGAAGUAUUAUUAGAUUUGGAAAAUUCAGAAAAAUUAUUCAUUAAAAUAAAACCAAUAGUUAUCAAAUUAAUCAUAAAUUGUAAAUUUCAAGUUGCGAAUAGUAUACUUAAUAAAUUUGCCACAAUUGUUGAUUUUUCAAAUCAACCAAAAGUUGAGAUUCAAUUAAUUCAAAAUAGAUAUAUUGAAUACUCAUAUUUGAAAUAUCUAGUUAGUUUAUUUCAAAAAAUUUGGUUCCCAAUGAUUGAUAAUGAUGAAUUUGAAGAAAAUGGGAAUAUUUCAAAUGAUUCUAAAUUAUUAAUAUUAAGUUCUAGUUCAUUUAAACCAUUGGAAAAAGUUUAUUUAACUACGGUUGCAUAUUACAAACGAAAUGAGAUCAUAUUCACUGCUAAUCUUGAUGAAUUUAAAUAUUUAACAAAUUUGAAAUUUUUACAUUUGAGUUUGUUAUUUAAACAAUUUAAAUUUAUGGAAUUUAUGGAAUUAUUUAAUGAAUUAUACUUUGAGGAAAUCUUUACAACUUCGGACCUAAGAUCUAAUUUGUUAGUUAUGUAUGGAAUUGUUUUAAUUUUUUUAAAACCGUUCAAUGAAUUAAACUUAAAUUUUAAUAAUGAUGAUUCAAUUAUUGAUUUAUUUAAUGAUGAUCCAACUUCAAUUGAAUUUAAAUUUUAUAAUUAUGUUAUGAUACCUUUAUCUAAUUGCAAUUUCAAAAUCUCAAAACAAAAACUAGAUGAAUUAAAUUUUGAAAUAAUGGAUUAUAAUUUCCCAAUUUCGUAUAAUAAAUUAAAUUUUAUUGAUUAUAUUAAAUUAAUAAUUGAUUUAAAGAACUUCUUUGUAAUUAUUCAAAAUGUUCAACAAAUUACAAGAACUAAAUUACUUGAAUUGAUCGAAAUUGAAGAAACCAAACAGGAAGAAAUAUCAAAUAAUUUAAUUGGAUUAAUACAUGGUUUAGAAUUGAGUAAAUUUGGUAUAAAUUAUGAUGUUGAAGAAGAAAUGUUUACAAAUAACUUUAAUGAAACAGAAUAUGUUAGUAAAAAUAUUGCAUCUUUACAAUUGGAAAUUGAUGAAUUAAGUUCAAAUUUAGAAGCUGAUUUAUUAUCUACAAAAGCUACUGGUUUAUUAUUUGAUAAAUUUUAUAAUUGA